UUUUCUUCUUUUUCCAGAAGCGACAUCCAACACAGAGAUCCCGGACAACAUCCCGGACAUGGAUGACCUGCUCACAUGGCUGAACACCGAAAGGGCGAGUCCUCAGGAGGUCCCCCAGCAGAACCAGGACCCUGUUGAAACUGAAACAAAGGGGACCGAAGGUACUGACAUUGCUGAACAGGAAAGUCUUCACGAUGAGCUGCUACCUGAACUAGACAGCCAGGAAAGGGCAGAGCUGCUGCGGUGGAUCGAUGCCACACAGCCACCGAGCCCAGACGUCCCCAGCAGCACAAAAACGUCACCAUUCAUCUCAGGGCUCCCUGACUUUCCCUGGGCCAGCAGGCAGCAAAACGGAGAGGCAGAGACUGAGGCCUGGAUCAGCAGCGACCUGUUCUGCACACAUCCAUCGUGCUCCAGGCAGCUCCCCAGGCCGCUGCCCUGCAUGCCUUUCCUGCUGCCCCGCAGCACAUCACCAGAGCUGCCCAUGCCGGCCCCCCUGGAUGUCCCAGCACCUCCUUCGCCCCGCACAGCACAUCUGAUAGAAGAGGCGAAGCGGAAGCAGCCCCGGGUGGUUCUCACCCGCCUGGCACUGCCACCCGGCUGCAUGUCCUGCCGUGUGCCAGACAACCACCACAAUGACGAUGACGGCACCGAGCCGGCCGAGUGCCCAGCGCCCGCCUGCACCACCAGCGGGCACCAGCAGUGCACUGGCAGCUUCCCAGCCAGGAAGAGGAAGCUGCCGCGUGGCCAGGACGCUCCAGGGCAGAAACGCCGGCGCUAGGCGAAGCUGGGUGGGCUCAGCACAAACGGGAGCCUCUGCAGAAACCGGCCCACCUGCUGCAGCAGGAGGCACGGCCACGGCCAACAAAUAAGGCUCCCUGUAGCCCUGGGCUCCUCGCCGGCCCUGCGGCACACAGAGCAGCAGCAGUGCUCCAGGGGCACCAGCACCGGCCCCAGCCCUACCCCUCCAACCCUGGCUGUCCACCACCACCACCUUGAACUGGGACAAUGUGGGACUCUAUUAGAUUUCAUUAUGUUACGGUAUUUUAUGUUAUAUUAUCUUCAAUUAUAUGAAAUUACAUUAAAUUACUAAACGUUUCGUGUUCUCUUUGCUAC